UACGCAAACAUUCACCUCGGCCUUAGCGCGGCCUAGCUUGAGCUAAUUAUGCUAACGUUUCAGAACCAGCACAUCAGGAAUGUCGCUGUUCUGCAGAUUAUGGCAUAGCCAUGAACUGGAACAAAGGUGGUCCAGGUGUGAAGCGUGGGUUUGGCUUUGGAGGUUUUGCCCUUGCAGGGAAGAAAGAGGAGUCCAACCUUCCCCAGAAAUCUCAUACAACAUUUGGAGCUCCUGGAUCAAGUGGGGGAUAUGGAAAGGGCCAGCAGCUUCCAUCGUUCUAUAAGAUAGGAUCAAAAAGAGCUAAUUUUGAUGAGGAGAAUGCGUAUUUUGAAGAUGACGAGGAGGAAUCCAGCAGCAACGUGGAUCUGCCUUACAUUCCAGCUGAGAACUCUCCAACACGGCAGCAGAUGAAGUCAGGUGGAGGCUCAGAUAGUGAAGAUGACCCUUUGGAUGCCUUCAUGGCAGAGGUUGAGGAUCAAGCAGCCAAAGACAUGAAGAUACUAGAAGAGAAGGAGAAAAAAGCAUCCAAGGGUAUUCGUGAUGACAUUGAAGAAGAAGAUGAACAAGAAGCAUAUUUCCGGUACAUGGCAGAGAAUCCGACAGCCGGGCUGACCCAAGAGGAAGAGGAGGAAAACAUCGACUAUGACAGUGAUGGAAAUCCAAUUCCCUCUACAACCAAGAAAAUCAUCAUGCCACUUCCUCCUAUUGACCACUCAGAAAUCGAGUAUCCACCGUUUGAGAAAAAUUUUUACAACGAGCACGAGGAGCUCAGCAGCCUGACUGGAGUUCAAGUGUUGGAGCUGAGGCAGAAACUGAACUUGCGAGUAUCUGGUGCUGCACCUCCAAAACCGUGCACAAGCUUUGCUCACUUCGGCUUCGACGAGCAGCUGAUGCAUCAAAUAAGAAAGUCUGAGUACACUCAGCCCACACCAAUUCAGUGUCAGGGUGUCCCUAUUGCACUGUCUGGACGUGACAUGAUUGGCAUCGCAAAAACCGGCAGCGGUAAAACUGCAGCCUUCAUCUGGCCAAUGCUGGUUCAUAUCAUGGACCAGAAGGAGCUGGAACCUGGAGAGGGACCCAUCGCAGUCAUUGUGUGUCCCACCAGGGAGCUUUGUCAGCAAAUCCAUGCAGAGUGUAAACGUUUUGGGAAAGCCUACUCACUGCGUUCUGUAGCAGUUUAUGGAGGAGGCAGUAUGUGGGAACAAGCCAAGGCUCUACAGGAGGGAGCAGAGAUUGUUGUCUGCACACCAGGUCGUCUGAUUGACCAUGUUAAAAAGAAGGCGACGUCCUUGCAAAGAGUGACAUACCUGGUGUUUGAUGAGGCUGAUCGCAUGUUUGAUAUGGGAUUUGAAUAUCAAGUUAGAUCGAUCGCCAGCCACGUUCGCCCUGACAGGCAGACUCUUCUGUUCAGCGCCACUUUUCGAAAGAAGAUCGAGAGGUUGGCGAGGGACAUUUUGGUAGAUCCUAUUCGUGUGGUGCAAGGUGACAUUGGAGAGGCUAAUGAGGAUGUGACUCAGGUGGUCGAGCUGCUGCCCAGCGGCUCAGAAAAGUGGUCGUGGCUGACCCGGCGGUUGGUGGAGUUCACCUCCUCUGGCUCUGUCCUCAUUUUCGUCACCAAGAAGGCGAACAGCGAUGAGCUGGCCACUAACCUGCAGCAGGAGGGCUACAGCCUGGGCCUCCUACAUGGAGACAUGGACCAGAGUGAGAGAAACAAGGUCAUCAGCGACUUCAAGAAGAAGAAUCUGCCCGUUCUGGUCGCCACCGAUGUAGCUGCUCGCGGUCUGGACAUCCCGUCCAUUCGCACAGUAGUGAACUACGACGUGGCACGGGACAUCGACACACACACUCACAGGAUCGGUCGAACAGGUCGUGCCGGGGAGAAGGGUGUGGCCUACACCCUCCUCACCAGCAAAGACACCACUUUUGCUGGAGACCUGGUGCGCAACCUGGAGGGAGCCAAUCAAGCUGUUUCCAGAGAACUCAUGGAUUUAGCCAUGCAGAAUCCCUGGUUCAGGAAGUCACGAUUUAAGGGGGGUAAAGGGAAGAAGCUGAACAUUGGAGGAGGGGGUCUCGGGUACAAAGAGCGACCAGGUCUUGGGUCUGACAGCUCUGAACGUGGCGGCAGCAGCUUGUUGUCGUCGAGCUAUGAAGGCUACACCAAACCAACAACUGGAGCGAUGGGGGAUCGCAUGUCUGCUUUGAAACAAGCCUUCCAGGCUCAGUAUAAAAGCCACUUUGUGGCUGCCACCAGCGGCCCCCCGAAGCUCAGCACCAAAUCUAACAGCUCCUCCGGCUGGACGAGCGCCGGCAGCCUGAGCUCGGUGCCGACAGAGUCCGCCAACGGCUCGGAGCGGUCCAGCAUCGCCUCUUUUUCAGUGCCUGGUUUCACCAGUGCCGGCACUCUGAGCUCAGUGCCCCCCAGCCAGACCGGCCCACAGCAGAGCAGCCCACCUCCCGCACCCCCCGCCCAGAGAGACUGCUCCCGGGACAAACACGGGGAGGGACGCCACGGGGACGGCCACCACCGUCACAGCGACAGGGGCGAUCGGCACGGCGGGGGCGAUCACCACAGGGACCGGGACCGCCACGGCGAUCGGGACCGCGACCGCCACGGGGACCGGGACCGCCACAGCGGCCGCCACAGCGACAGCCGUAACGGCGAGGGGAGCAGACGGAGCAGCGACGACCGGAGGAGCGACGACCGGAGGAGCGACAGGGACGGUGGAGACAAAGGGGCCGGAGAGGGGAGGGACAAAGGAGACGAAAGCUUCGCAGUUCCAGAGCCACCGAAACGUAGAAAAAGCCGCUGGGACAACUAAAGAAGAGGACGAGACGUACGUUGAUGAGUUGUCUCCACAGCCACCUUAUUCUGCUGCUCCAUUACAAGCUUAUCUGAUCAGGCAGGCAGAACAUAUCAGAUUGUAACAGAAGCACAGAAAAGUAGGGCAGGUUUUGUUCGUGUUGAAUGAACUAAAGAUGAAUUGACGGUGUCAAGUUAAACUCAACAGUUUGUCCGGCACAGUGUACAUAUACCAUCAAACUUGAUGUUACUGUUAGCUAAGAAAUAAAGCUGUAAUAAAACGUAACAGUUUUUAAAAACUAUAAAAUGUUUUUUUCCUCUCACUGAGCUUCUAACAUGCUCUAAUCUUGCUAAGCUCAUGUCUUCUUUUCACACGGACUUUGCCAAGUGAGCUUGUACGUUGGUUUAUCUACAGAACUUUUUCAGUUUUGAAGUCAGAUACGUGUCGAAACAACUGUGUUCAGCCUACGUUGUGUGUUGUAUUCAAGUUUUAGUGAAGUGCCUUUCCAUGGCAUGUAGUUUGUUUUCAGGUGUUUUCAAGAAGCUAAUGAUUGAGAGAUACUCCGAGUGUAUGAUAACACAAAAAUAAAGUUUUGAUCAAAAAAGUU